AUGGAGCCUUCACCGCUCACCCAACAGGCUCGGCCUGAGGUUUUUCAACAGAAAGUAGUCGAGCUCUACGAAGCUUUGUUCAAGGAUGACGAGGAAAACGAAGUUGACAAAACGGAAGGGUUUUGGAGGGAGUUUUUUGCCUUGAAGCCAGACAAGGCAACAUUACACAAGAUUCUGGAUAAGCUGAGCCCAGAUGAUUUACUCCACUUCCAGAAUCAAACACGGCAGCUCUUUUCAAGGGCUAUAUCUUGCGUCAAGACAGGAACCGCUCCGGCAGAUGCUCACGCCCUGGACACCAUCACGGCGUUUCUCGCUUCUGUACUUCCUAAGAAAUACAAUAAUGCAAGCUCAGAUAUAAUAAAUGUCCUGGCUGGGUUAGACGAUGUGGAUGCCAUAUUUACGGAUUUCGUAGCUGCGUUGGAGGUUACAAUAAGGACUGGCCGUACUCUUGAAAUUCGACAAAAAGCGAUCGACGUUGCGCUCGCUGUCGUUUCUGGCGCAUAUCAGACCAGUCUUCUCUCCUACUUUACACAUAGAGAUCUCUUCCCAUCUCUAAUGAAAUACGUUCAAGAUUCCGAAAACAUCUCGCGCGCAUUCGAACCGUUUACCCUCCUUGGACUUCUUGCCAAUUACAACAAAUUCGAAUUCCAAAAUCCAUAUCGACUACGACUCGACGAUUUUGUCAACGAGGGUACAAUUCAAAAGAUCAUUAGAUCCGUUGGUAGUACGUGCGCUACAUCCCGGGGGAGAUAUAUCGCAAUCCAGGAAGAUCUCCCAGAGGGAUGGUCGAUUAGCACAACCCUUAGUAUGAUUGGCCUUGGUUCAGUGGCACCUGGCGCAAAGACAGCUAAACCUACCAUUGACCCUGAAGCAGCGAAAGAAAUGUUCGCGAGACUGCCAGGAAGUGAGGCGGCGGUCCUCCUUGCAACAUACGAUUUCGCACAUGCAAACAAGCUAUUUUGUUUCAACUUUGUCACUCUUCCCGCGGAGAAGGGAUCGGAACCGCCAAUUAGCAGUUUUGUGUCCUUUACUUCGUAUCUUUUGCAACAUGCGCACUCGUCGUUCCGGACGUCUCAGUAUUCGCACAUCAACCUCCUAAUCCUUCGACUCUUGAUUGAAGAUCAAGUCCUCUGCAAGAGGAUAUGCAGUGACGAGAGUAAAAUGUCUGUGAGAUUGUGCAGACAGAGGCAACCGUAUCUACCCCUAGUUCGGGGAGAAAGGAUGCUUGCAGCUAGUAUCUUGGACACCAUGAUUGAUGGGAUAAACCACAAUUUACGCAGGCGUCUGGAUGUUGACCUCUAUAUUCUUUGCGUUGGAAUCAUUUUGCGGCUCAUCUCUCAUUUAUCGCGAUCGCGCACGCGAUUGGUCUACCACUGGGCAGAGCUAUUCCGUUCUCUUCUCUCGCUUGUCCGAUUUCUCACUACAUACACAGCAGAUCUGAAAAAUCUCAAUCAUAUUGAUACGCUACUUGACGAUCUUGUUAACUUGAUCGCCCUAUCCUUGUCAGCUGGUGAAGCAUUUCUCCUAAAUCCUGCAGCAUACGAUGACUUGUUCUACAAGUUGAUUGAGACGGGAGAAAUCCUGGUAAAGUUUCGGGACAGCUAUGAGUUAGGGAAGCGACCAAACAACUCUAUCGGCACCUUGAUUAGUGUCACGGAACAUUACAAGGAGCUUCUCGCGAACGGCAGCCAAGGUAGGAGAGGAAAACAUCUCACCAACAUCCAGGUUGCGGGCGUUAUCAAACAGGGCUACGAGACGCUUAGUAUUCAAGCCAAAGAGGGACUCGAUGGCUGGGAAAAAUACCGAGAAGCAGAUGAAAGGGUGUUCUUAAAGAAGAUAGCUCGAGCUGCGGUGGCGGAUGUGAAGACGCUUCUUGUAGAUGGCUGA